GACAAUGGCAAGUCUGCCACUGGACUGUGUGGACAUAUUUGAUGAUUUUGAGGAUGCAGAUUCUAUGGAGGUGACGUACUGUAAGCUGGUUUCUGAUGAACAGUUUGAAGCAGACACAAGGUCGGAGACAGACAAGGCUCUUGGUGAGCUGUGUAUGUAUUUAGAUCAGAAUCCGGAACUGUAUGCUCGAGUACUUCGCAAGAGAAAACAGGAGGAAAUGGAAAGUUCUGGUGUGUUCUCCUAUGUCAAGAGUAAAAUGAUGAGCCUGUUACAUGGGGAGCAGUACCCACACUGCCUGGUCAGUGCCAGCGAGUGUGUCCAGCAAACGAAUGCCCUCAAGUCUGGCAUGUGUAAAACGUUCCAGCUGUCACAGGAGCUGAAAGGAAAUGUGACCAGGUGUUCGGCUAGACUAGCAGCCAAAAAGCAAGCCAAGAUAUCCAACAAAACAAACCAUGACCAGUCUCUUCUUUUGAGUGGAAAAGAAUCUCAAGGGAACCCCAGUAACAUAUUGAUGAGUCCUGGCAAGCAGGCGUCUUCUGACGGUGCGGUCACUGGAAAAGAGUCAAAAAUAGAUACAUUUUCUGUGAACCACACUACAGUCAGUUCACCCAAAUCUCUGGUGGCCGCUGUUCCUGCCAUAGUUCUUUCUCAAGUACAUGAGGGUAGUAACAGCUCAAAAAAGAAAAUGAUGAUUGUCAAAAUGGGACUGUUGGUAUUCAGAAGGUUCCCCAGCCGAAAUCUCCAGAUCUUGAAGCCAUCAGCUCACGCCAGGCUCUUUUAG